UCUCUCUCUCUCUCUCUCUCUCUCUGAGUUCUCCAUCGUGAGCAUGUUACCGGCUGUGUUUGUGGUGUGUUGUGUCGCGGUUCUGCUGGGCAGCGGGCAAACUCAGGCUCAGGCUCAGGCUCAGGCACACGCUCAGGCACACGCUCAGGCACAUGUUCAGGCUCAGGCUCAGGCUCAGGCUCAUGCCCGGGCCGGAUCCGCGCCGUCGGCGGGCCAAACCCCUGGCCAGGACUCGUCCUCCAACCCCUGGCGUCAGAUGAUCCAGUGGGAGAACAACGGUCGCGUCUUCAGCCUGCUCAACAGCGGCGCCGAGUACGUGCCGGCACGCACGCCCGAGCACGAUGGCAGCCACCGGCCCCCUCCUGGCGGGACCCAGCGCCCGCCCGGACCCGGCCCGCAGGGCGGCAACGCCCGUCGGCCAGGGCGCCCCAAGAGCGGCACCGAGACCGUCCGGGGCCAGGCGCGCCACCCGUUUGGGUUCGGACAAGUGCCUGACAACUGGCGCCAGGGCGUAGCGGUGGGCGCCGGCGCGGGCACCGGCACCCGUUUCAGGCCCUCCUCAGGCUCUUCCUCCUCCUCUUCCUCCUCCUCCUCCUCCUCAUUCUCACAGCCGUCCUUCGGCGGGCCCCCGUUCCCAGCCUACCCGUUCCCAGCUCAGCAGCCUCCCUCCUACCCGCUGCCCUACGACCCCAGCAUGGGCGAGCGCAGCUUUGAGCCACCCUUCCAGCGCCCGGGCACGGGCUACCCCGUGGGCACCGGCGCCGCCGGCUUCCCCCCCAGUGGCGGAGCAGGAGGAGGAGGGGGCAGCUACAGCUACAGCUACGCCGGCGGCAUGGUGCCCGUCCCGCCGCGGGCAUCGCUGGACUUUACCGACGACGGCACCGGGUACCGCUACUACUACGCGCAGUCGUACCCGGCCGCCCCCGCUGUGCCAGCUGUGCCAGCUGUGCCCGCCCAGCCGGCCCAGCCGCCCUUCAGCGACAUCCUGGACAGACGCUACACGCACAGCCUCUACAACGAGGACUCUGCUCCGCCAGUGCCCGCAGCCGAUGCCAACCAGGGGCCAGGCGUGGUGCCCGGUCAGCCGCCCGUGAGGAGCCCUCAGUACGAGCAGUUCCCACCUUUCGGCCAGCCGCAGCCCCCCUACAUCAACCCCGUGCCCCCGGUACCCGUCGCCCGAAACCCGCUGGUGUCCAACUCGGCCGACGCCAACCCCAACGUCAACGUGGGCAGUGUGUACAGGCCGGAGCAGAGAGGGCUGCCGGACCUGGUGCCGGACCCAAACUACGUGCAGGCGUCCACCUAUGUCCAGCGCGCACACAUGUACUCCCUCCGCUGUGCUGCCGAGGAGAAGUGCCUGUCCAGCACAGCGUACGGCACCGAGACGUCCGACUAUGACGUCUUGGCGUCCUUCUGCCCGUUCCCGGGUGAAGAAGAACAAGGCACGGCCGACUUCAUGCCCAACCGCCCACGUCACACCUGGGAGUGGCACAGCUGCCACCAGCACUACCACAGUAUGGACGAGUUUAGCCACUAUGACCUGCUGGAGGUCAGCACAGGGCGUAAGGUUGCGGAGGGUCACAAGGCCAGCUUCUGUCUGGAGGACACUACCUGCGACUUCGGACAUCUGAAGCGUUACGCGUGCACCUCCCAUACACAGGGUUUGAGUCCCGGUUGCUAUGAUACAUACAAUGCAGAUAUUGACUGCCAGUGGAUUGAUAUUACCGAAGUUCAGCCAGGAAACUACAUCCUAAAGCUUCAGGUGAAUCCCAAGUACUUGGUGCUAGAGUCGGACUUCACCAAUAACGUGGUCAGGUGUAACAUCCACUACACUGGGCGCUUCGUCACCACAAACAACUGCAAGAUCGCCCAGUCCUGAUUGGUCAAAAGAGGCAGCCAAUGAGCAGCCAGUGUUCUUAUGGGAGAAUGCUGUUCCAUCAAAAUGUGAAUGGAAUUCUGUUUUUUUUUUUUUUUCAAAUCUGUUUAUUCUCCAUCGAUGUCCUCAUUGUGUUUCUCUUGUUGUUUUUGUUUUUAUUUUUGUUUAUGAAUGUGUUGUUAUAAAUUCAUGAGCCCUACUGUGAACUUGGGCUCUGCUGGCACUGAGGAGACACUACAGUUAUUCAAACAAAUGCAUGCACGCACGCACACACACACACACACACACACACACACACAC